AUGAACAAUCCAGAGGAAGCAAAAAAAGACAGUUCCUCUAGUACGACUUCCAUGCCACAUCCUUCCGCUGUUUCUUCUUCUUCUAAAACUGUCAAGAAGGACUUGGGAGCCCAUCCACCACCAUCAUCAGUUGCUCGUUUGGCCAAGCGAUCAGUGUCAAAUGAGACAGACAAAAACUCCAACAAGAGAUCUGCAACUGGUACUGUAUCUGAAUUUGAAAUCAUGAAUCCCCAUACUUCACGUUAUGCUGAUGCCGAAUCCAAGACCUCACAUCGCUCAAAAAGCACAAAACCCACAACUACAGACGAUGUUGAAGUUUCAGAUGAUGUUCAUAAAGUCGAACUGUCUGGAUCCACACCCCAAUUUAUCAGCUCACAUUUGCUUGGGCCAGAAGGAGCACAGUCAUUCAUUAGUCCUGAUCUGAUCCCUCUUCAACACAUGAACAAGUCAUCUUUUCGUCGUAUUCCACCAAAAUCGCCUUGUUUGAAGACUCAAACUAACGAUCUGGUCGAUGUGGGCCCACAAAGUGCUGUUAUCCCAAGUGUUACCAAGGUGAAAUUCCAUCCCGACUUGAUUGAGUUUUCGGACCUCGAUCUCUUUGAGACUGAAAAUACGGAGACAGAGCCUGUCAUACCUUGCCUUACAAACAGCGGGAAGCAAAGGUCAGGUGUUGAUAUUUUCUUGAUGGAGCAACAUCGCAAUGACAAAAUCUUAGGUCUUGAAACAGCUCUAUCCGAAUUGAAAACCAAAAUUGAGAUGACCGCAAAGUCAGAUAUUGAUACAAAGAAAGCACAGCAACAAGGUACAAGUCGUCAUCAUCUUUUCGCCAUAAUAUCGAAGCUGACCCCACCUGCAGAUGAUCUACUCCAAGGACUCAAAGCCGAUGUCGCACACCUCAAAAAGAAGAGUAGGACAAUUGAUCAACUAAACGACAAAGGGAUCAUUAUACAAAUGAAAGAAGAUGAUCGAGCAACAAGUUCAGAUUUGCCAAGUAUUACAAUCACGCUUGUCCUUGAUCAUAGAGUGUAUCCUAGUAAUGAAUCAUAA